UACUUUGGUUUUUGCCGUGUUUUUUCUGUCCGAUGACUACCCCCACAGUGCCGAUAGGCGCAUCAGCAGCGGUUUUGCUGCCGUCGGCUCCAGUUCCCGACUCUGCGGUAUCUGUCGUUGGCCCCAACCUUGAAUCAUCGCUCUCACUUCAGGCGUUUCUUCAAAGCUAUGAACGCAUCGGAUUCCAGGCCACAAGCUUGGGGAAGGCGAUCGAGAUUGUGAAUCGGAUGCGUGCUUGGAGGUUGUCUGACGAUCCCGUCGCUCCUGACGAGUCCGACGAAUACCUUGAUCCAGCCGUCCGUGCUCAGACGCGCUGUAACGUUUUCCUGGGAUAUACGUCCAAUCUCAUAUCCUCUGGUCUCCGCGAAGUCAUUCUCCAUCUUGUCAAGCACAAACAGGUCUCGGUUCUUGUAACGACAGCAGGCGGAAUCGAGGAAGAUUUUAUCAAAUGUCUGGGGAAAACAUACUUGGCCGACUUCAAUCUUGACGGCGCCGACUUGCGCAAACGUGGGAUGAAUCGCAUCGGCAAUCUCAUCGUUCCGAAUGACAACUACUGCAAGUUUGAAGACUGGCUGACUCCGAUCCUCGAUGCUAUGCUGGCGGAACAGAAAGAAACGGGGCAAGUAUGGACUCCCAGUUCAUUUAUCCGACGGCUAGGGAAAGAGAUAAACAACGAGGAGUCUGUGUAUUACUGGGCCUAUAAAAAUAACAUUCCUGUCUAUUGUCCGGCUUUGACGGACGGAUCCAUCGGAGACAUGAUCUACUUUCACUCCUUCCGAUCCCCUGGCUUGAUCCUAGAUAUCGUGCAAGACAUCCGAGACUUGAACGAGCAUUCGAGGAGAUCAAAGAAGGCAGGGAUGAUUGUGCUUGGAGGCGGUGUCUGCAAACACCAGAUCGCCAAUGCGAUGCUCAUUCGCAAUGGAGCGGACUAUUCUGUUUUCAUCGUCAGUUUCUCGCGUUUCUUGGGAUCGAUUCAGGUGCUCGCCCUGAUGAAGCAGUUUCGUGGGGUAAAAUACGAGCUGGAGCCGAAGCUGUCAAGGUUUGGAGCUGCCCACUGA